CGUUUUACCAUUAACAUUCAUAUACAAGCGGACUUCUAUCACCUGACGGUUUGGUAAAUAUGUAAGGCACUUUAAACCAGUGUGUCAUAGGAUCUAGAAGACACCCAAGAACACUUACCUCAAUAACAAAAUGGUAUUUCGGUUUCUUGUAGGGUGUGCAUUGAUUUCAAUUUUACACAGGAAUUAUGUGCAAUCCGACGACUUUAAUCUACAAGCUCGCAUUGAUCAGCUAGAGAAAAAAAUCGAGUUUGAAAAGGAAUCUACUCUUCAAACGUGCAAAAAGAUGAACGCACAACUACAAGAGGAAGUGCUGAGCCUAAGAACCAUCAUCACGAAUGUACAACAAAACGGGACAUUGACAAAUAAAAGGCAGAGCCCUCCGGAACUUGUUGCAUUCACUGCAUACAUCGAAAAUGGCGCAGGACAUAUCUCCAAUGGACAGAUUAUUCCCUUUGACCGGACCGUCACAAACCUUGGUAACGCGUUUAACAUCCACUCGCAUACGUUCGUCUGCCCCGUCGAUGGACUCUACAUGUUCUCCUUUGUUGUAUCCCAUUACGGACGUGGAGAGGUCCUUGGAAAAUUGGUCAUCGAUGGGGUAAAUAUAGUAGACGCGAUCGCAAAUCCAGUAGCAGAUGACCAUGACCAACAGGGAGUCAACAUGGCAGUCGUUCAGGCUAGACGAGGACAAGCCGUGCAAGUGGUAAACUAUUUAUAUAACGACGCUUGGUACCGCACCGACGAAAUAAAUAGGUUUUCAACAUUUAGCGGAGUGCUUCUGCAAGCAACGUAAAUCUGUGCAUUGCGCUGUGAACAUAGAGCAACUACAUUGUAUUAAAAUGAAGCAAAUAGUUAGAAA